GUGAUCCUCUCCCAAAACAAAACAAAUAUGUUUGGUAACUUGUGUAAGUAACCACGAUUCCACGUUGAGGAGGUGGGGCGUUGCGUUUGGAAAGAAGAGAGAGAGAGAGAGAGAGAGAGAGAGAAUGGGAUCGUUAGAUUCACCGAGAGAGAGGGAGAACGGGAACGGUGGGUGUAGGAGUCCCGGAGAUCCAAAAGUUGGCGAAGGAGGAAUGAUAGUAGUAGAAUCAGAGGCGAUGAAGAAGAGGAGAGCGAGUAUGCUUCCACUGGAGGUCGGUACUCGCGUCAUGUGCCGUUGGAGGGACUCCAAAUACCACCCCGUCAAAGUCAUCGAACGCCGCAAAAUGCCCUCCUCUGGCCCCAACGAUUACGAGUACUACGUCCACUACACCGAGUUCAAUAGGAGGCUUGACGAAUGGGUGAAGCUUGAACAACUUGAUCUCGAUUCUGUAGAGACUGUUGUUGAUGAGAAGGUGGAGGACAAGGUUACAAGCUUGAAAAUGACACGCCACCAGAAGCGAAAGAUUGACGAGACACAUGUAGAGGGUCAUGAAGAGCUUGAUGCUGCCAGUUUGCGAGAACAUGAAGAGUUCACAAAAGUGAAAAAUAUAGCAACUAUAGAGCUUGGAAGAUAUGAGAUCGAGACAUGGUACUUUUCCCCCUUUCCACCGGAAUACAAUGAUUGUGUGAAGUUGUACUUCUGUGAGUUUUGCCUCAAUUUCAUGAAGCGUAAAGAACAACUUCAGAGGCAUAUGAGGAAGUGUGAUCUCAAGCAUCCCCCUGGAGAUGAGAUAUACCGAUGUGGUACAUUGUCAAUGUUUGAGGUUGAUGGCAAAAAGAACAAGGUUUAUGGGCAGAAUCUUUGUUACUUGGCAAAAUUGUUUCUUGAUCACAAGACCCUCUAUUAUGACGUUGACCUCUUUCUGUUCUAUGUAUUGUGUGAAUGCGAUGAUCGAGGAUGCCACAUGGUUGGUUAUUUUUCUAAGGAAAAGCAUUCAGAGGAGUCUUAUAAUUUAGCAUGUAUCCUCACCCUUCCUCCCUAUCAAAGGAAAGGCUAUGGAAAAUUUCUAAUUGCCUUUUCUUAUGAACUUUCUAAAAAAGAAGGUAAAGUUGGCACACCUGAAAGACCCCUUUCUGAUCUUGGGCUAUUGAGCUACAGAGGAUACUGGACCCGGGUUCUUUUGGACAUAUUGAAAAAGCACAAGGCCAAUAUUUCUAUCAAGGAACUGAGUGACAUGACAGCCAUUAAGGCGGAGGAUAUCCUGGCCACCCUUCAGAGCUUAGAACUGAUUCAGUACAGGAAAGGGCAGCAUGUCAUCUGUGCUGAUCCAAAGGUCCUGGAUCGUCAUCUAAAAGCUGCUGGUCGUGGGGGUCUUGAGGUUGAUGUUAGCAAAUUGAUAUGGACUCCUUAUAAAGAACAAGGUUGAUAUCAAACAAUUUAUCCAGAUACUGGCUGCCAACUUAGACUUGUAACUGACCUCCGAUUGUAUAAAAUAUAAGAUUUAGGGUAUGAAACUGGGGAUUCUUCCUGGAGACUUUCUUGUCAUUAUCCAUCUUAUGACUUUGUAUUAUGCAUGUAUCAACAAAUAAUGAUUGGUAUAUUCUUACUUUAGUAGGUGUAGGCUACAACUGACUUUUAGAUUUUAGAUUUGUGAACUACUUGUUUAGAUGCAUUGUAAUUCUCUUCUGAUGAUGAGACAAAAUGACAAAAAAUUGGGAAGGUGAUCCGUGAGAUUGGAUAGGAUUGAAUUGCCAUCUCUUUGAAAAUAUUUUGUAAAACCAAACGUCUGAGAUCAUUUUAGGCAUAAUUUAUAUUAUCCUUCUGACUUA